AUGGACGACAUCAGGAAAGACGACCUGUCAGAUCUUGACAGAAUAUCUGUUCCCAUGAUGGUGAAGGCCUUUGUCUUCUAUGAGCUCCAGCCGGGAGUGGAUACAAACCACUUCGCAGCCUCAGUCAAAGAAGGGCUGAGCAAUGCGACCCGUCAGUUUCCUUUCAUGGCGGGAAAUCUUCAAGUUGACAAGUCUGGGAGACUCUGCAUCGUGACAGCCCCAGGAAAGCAUGUGCGGUGCAUCGUCAACUAUUUGGGCCCCAGAGAGCACAAGUCAUUCUCUGCCUUGGCCACCGGUUCGUUCUCUCCAAAUGAUUUGGACCCUGUCUUACUCCUACCUGAGAUGCCUGCGGACGAGAAACCAGUAUGCGCUCUGCAGUUGAACGUUAUCGAGGGCGGCCUGAUCCUAGGCUUCACCAUGCAUCACAUGGUAGGGGACUGGGCGUCCAUGGACGCGUUCCUAUCCUUGAUCUGUCAAGGCGCCAAAGCCCAUCAGCAAGGCCAGGAGAUGCCCGUCUACACCCCAGAUCUCAACAAAACGCCAUACAACGGAACAGAGGGCCUCCCAAGGCAGGAACUUCUCGACAGGCUCCCAACGUACCACGUGGCAGAAAAGGCCCCCUUUGUUCCAAAGCCCCCUCCGCCCUUCCAAACAAGCAUCUAUCAGAUCACCGAGGCCUCCGUUCAACAACUCAAAGCGCAAUGCACUCCGUACCUCCAGGGAGUAGACUACAUAUCCACGUACGACUGCAUCUCUGCGCUCCUCUGGACUUCGAUCACCCGUGCCCGAAUCCGUCUGCACCCAGAGAAAGCCACAUCAUUGACUCGUCUCCUCCAUCCCGUCAAUGUGCGCUCCCGGGACCCAGAGAACAGAACCUCGGAGCGGUACUUUGGCAAUGGAGCCUUUCCUACUCACGCGGGCCCUAUGACUGCCCAAGAGAUGACCUUAGAUGGAGAGAAAGGUCUUGCAACUGCAGCUAGCCUGAUCCGCCAAUCCAUAGACCCCGUCAGUCUGUCCUCGAUCCAUGAUCUGACCUCGCUUGUCAAGACCCUCUCCCCAACAGAACAACUCGGUGUGCACAGUGACUUUCAUGACAUGGAUAUUCUCAUGAACAGCUGGUGCACCCGGGGCAUCGGUAUCGACAAGUACCACAUGGGAGGAGGCUCAUUGCCGGUUGCCUUUCGAACGCACCGGCCAGUCACUGGGGCUUAUUGCUUGGUUUUGCCCAGUAUUGGACGGAGGGACAACAGAGUGUUUGAGAUUUUUGUGCAGGUGGCUGCCGAGGAGCACGAACUGCUGAGGAGGGAUGAAGAGUUUCUCAAGUAUUUUGAGCUGGUGGCAGCAUAA